UUUAGUGUAAAAGUCUCUGCAGCGCCAUCUGCUGUCUCAGCCUCGCCAAACACGGAAGUAACUGCACACGAUAUCUGCAUAACAGCAUGUCUGCUCAUCGAUCAUGAUUCAUUUUUAUUUAUUGUUAAUCGUUUUGGGUUUUAUUCACAAUGGAGGCUCACAAGAAGUGGAUGACUGUUUUUCGUCUAAAUGGUUAAAGUCAGUGAUGAUUUCAAUGAAGAUCACCAAAGCAGGAUUUCACAGAGAUCUUCAAUACAGUGUUCAAUAUGACAAAGUAAAUCAUGAUGUGAAAGCUUUACUAGUACAAAAGAUGCCAAGUGGAGUCUACAUGGAUGAAUAUCAGCUGGCAACACUGAGAGAGGACACAGGUUUGGAGGUUCUUCUGGAUUCAAAGGUUGAUCUGGAAGCUCCAGAAUAUUUGUCCACUGGUUUUACCGCAUUUAUUUAUCUUUCCCCAUCAUCUGAGAUCUCUGGGCAACAUGAGGCGACGGUUCCCAUUCACGCCCGGUACCACAGACCCUCAGAGUCUGGUGAUAAAUGGGUUAAAGUGGACAUCGGGUCACCCAGGCUGUUGAUUCGUUCAGAUCAAUGCAAGACUCCACCUUCGCAUUUAUCUUAUGAAGUCAUCGAUGCUCCCUGUACAAUCAGUAAUGUCAGCAUAUGUUCAUGGUUGGAGAUUCAGGAUUUAGAGGAAACAGGACCAGUAAGCCUGGAUAUUCCAGUCGGAGAUGCGACACAGAUCUUUAUUGUUUGUGUUGGCACUGUAUUAGUAACCCUGCUGAGCUCUUUUUUGCUUUUUAGGGCCAUGUGGAACCACAGGACCUCAAAUAUUUCAAUAAAAACAAAAUAGAGGUUAAUGAACUAAUGGAGAUUUUUUUAAAAUGGACAUGGUGUAUGGAUUUAUAUGUAAAUCAUUUUUUUUGUCUGUAUAUAUUGAGAUUUUUUUUUUAUUGAAAGACAUAUGUAAAUAAUUACCAUUUUAUUCUAUAAUAAUACUACUGUUAAUAUGGAUUUUUUUACAGGAAAUAUGAAUUGUAAAUAAAAUGGCAUGUUAGUUUUAUUAAAUAAGUUUAGAAAAUA